AUGAGCCAGAAUUCUUCCGCUGCGGCUAUGAAUGAAUCUUCACAGAUUAAUUCUAUUCAAAAUCACUCGGCACAGUCUACGCCGAGUGCAAGACACACCCUUUUGAAUCCUGGGCUGAGCAACAUUGAAGAUGAGCAAAGGAACGGCAUUGAAAUCGCCGAGGCCGCCUUGGGUCAACCAAGAAGAAUUGGCGAAGUGCCAUUUUAUACUGGUGAUCAAACGGGACCAACGUCAGCACUCAAUAUUUGCUCGCCAGAUGAAUCAUUACCGAAGCACUUCCUGAUCCCAGCGAGCGUGACAGAACUAUCCAACGAUGACCGAGAGUUCUUGCAAAAGAAAGGGGUAUACAAUCUCCCGAAAAACGACACCUGCGAUAGACUCAUUGCGGCAUAUCUUCUCCAUGUGCAUCCUAUCAUGCCUGUAAUCGAGGCAGAUGACCUUCUGCUUCAUUACCAAGCUGGAAAACUUCAAUACUACAAUCUUUCCCUCUUGUGGAGCAUUUUCUUCGCGGCGACGAAUUUUGUUUCGAACGACAUUCCUGAAGAAGAGGGUUAUUCAUCAAGGAGAGAGAUGAAAUAUGCUUUUUACUCUCGCGCAAAGUGCAUGUACAGGAACGGUAAUGAGAGAAACAAGAUCGUAUUACUGCAGACAUCCCUUCUUCUGGGAUUCUUUCACUCAGAGAUGGACGAGCAUGGGCAACCUUGGUACUGGACAGGCAUCGCAAUAAGCUUCUGCCAAAUCCUUGGUCUGCAUCGCAACCCUGACUUUUCAAAACGGAACCCAUCCAUAACCGAGCGGCAGAGAUCCUUUUGGCGCCGUCUUUGGUGGAGCUGCGUUUUCCGAGAUCGCUGGCUCAGUCUUACAAUGGGUAGGCCUCUUCGAAUUAACCUCGACGAUUGCGAUACCCCAUUUCCGUCGCCAGAUGACCUACUUUAUGAUAUCGUUGGCUUGCAGGAGCCUUUUGUCAGCUCAUAUAUACCCAGUGAUAUGGCUAGACUGGCCAAGUAUUGGGUAAUGCUGAUUUCAUUGAGUCUCCAGCUGGGAAGCGUUCUGGCUAUGAACUACCGAACUGUUCGUCCUAAACCCUCUGUCCAUGAGAUCGGGGCCCUUGAGGAACGUUUACUACAGUGUGAUCUUCCGGAUCAAUAUGAAGCCGGCUUAACAAAGGCCUCGAGGUUCUACUCGAAUCAUGUUCAUUUGCACUACCAGGCCUUACUAAUCACAUUUUAUCGUCCGUUUGGCACUGACGUUCCUCGCGAUCUUCAACCCGUGGAGAAAGAAGAUUGGCAACAUCGGCUGAAGCUAAAAGCCGACGCUGCCGCGUCUCGGGCAAACGAGAUCUUGGAGGCGCUUGUUCAAGAAGGACUCCUUUACUUUGCCGGACCAAUGACGCCUCCCCUUCUUGUCCCCGCCAUGCAAACCCAUUUACUGCAAUGCAAGACUGGUGACGCUCUCUCCAAGCGAAUCAGGCUAAACAAGCUUGAGAUGUGCAUGCUUGUCAUGGAAGAGUUUCAGAAAACCUACACUGUCGCUUCACUCUAUCGUGGCAUUUUCGUCAAAGCAAUAGAACAGAUAUUCCCUGGAUACUCGGCCCCCACAACAUAUCCAAAGGCGAUCACCGACAGCGCCGUUGCUUCUGACACUGGUAUCCGACAAGAAAACUUCCAUAUGGCUCCGGAAAACUCCGAUCAGGUUGCACAGUUCGAUGACACGCAAUUUGGCAAUGUGGAUGGCAAUAAUUUGAUGAGUGCCUUGAUGGACGAGGCUUCGAUUUUCAGUUUCUGGGAGUCUUGGAAUCAGAUUUGA